AAAGAAUGGGGAAGUGACAAUAUACAUAAAACAGUGUACAAUGUCUGUUGGGGAAACCAAUGGGCAUUUUAACUUCAGUGUGAAGAAAAGCUUCUAUAAUCACAAAGAUCAACUGUGAAAAUUAUCGGCUAUUUUUAGGUGCUGGUGACAAAAGACUGUCGAAAUAUGCAAUAUUGCCAAUGGUGUAAUCAACUGCCAAUUAGACAACAGCCAAAGCGGCGUUGUCAGGGAAACUAACUGGUAGCAAUCCCUGACUUUGAUUGCUUUGUGCAUUCAAAUGAGAAGGGUAAGCCUCUUUCAUUUCGCGUUCUGAAACCGUCAGUUGAUGUUAUUUCCAUGCGAAACAUGUUGUGGUUCUACACUCAAAAUUCAGUUGCAAUUACUGGCAGAAAAGCUGAGCAAUACUGAGGCUAUCCUAAAAAACUAUAUAUCCGUACACCUGAACAUUCCUAAUCAUCAGAAACAGCAUGGAUGUGUUGAGUGUACUGCUUCUUAUGGCUGGAUUUGAGGCCAGUGUGGCGACUGUUUGCCCAGUGGGCUGGCACCGAUAUGGAAAGGCUUGCUAUUUUGUGAUUAAGGAACUAAAUACUUGGUACAAAGCAAAAAGCAUCUGUGCUGCUUCUCAUGCAAGCCUUGCAGUUCCCAACUCAAUGGAAGAACAGACAUUUAUAUGGGAAUUACUCCAGCAGGAGUUUCAUCCUGAUGGUCUAGGUAAUGGAGCCUGGAUCAGCUGCAAUGACAUCGACCGGGAAGGUGUUUGGCAGAAUUGUCCUCUGAGAGGUGAUGAGACCAACGCGUACCAGAACUGGGAUGAAGGAAACCCUAGCAAUCAGUAUAGCGGAGCUGAUUGUGCAUUGAUUGGUGACAGGGCAGGUGGUGUAUGGUGGAAUCAGCGCUGUAAAAAUCCCAGAUAUGCAACAUGUGAGCUUGCUAUCUACGACCCUCUAUUCUGCCUUCAGAUCGGAUCCGAUGGUCACAUCAUCACCUCCCCGUGCCUCUCUGAUAAUCACGUCUUGAUGGAGUUACAGGCUCAGGGUCUGGUGUCUUGUGGCAAGGCCUGCCUCUCUCAUCCCAAAUGUAGCUCCUUCAAUCUGAAGGACCAAGGCCAAGGCAAGAUGGUGUGCAAGCUGAAUGACCUCGCCCUUCAAAAUGCAGCUGCUGAAGAUGUGGUGGAAAUUGAGAACUGCUACGGCCUAGAUCUGUAGAAACUGGUUGCAUGAAGUAAACUGAUACCAAAACAGUCCAUCAGACUGCUCUUAUGUACAGGUAGAUGUGGCUGACAUUUUUAAGGUUAGCACAAAGGGCAGUGGUGGCUUACAUUUACAUGGCUGAGAGUGAAUAACCUUUUUUGUGGAAUAAUUUUUGUGAACUGCUAAGACUUUGGAACGGAUUACAAAAUCAGGAACACCCACAAUAGUCUGUAAGUACACAAUAUUUAUUAGUGUUUGCUGUGAUUGUCAUACAAAUAUAAAUGGUUAUUUUUGCACUGUAAUUUGAACUGUUUGUGGUAGAAAUAUUUAGGAAAUAUUGUGUGGUAAAUAUAAACAUGUCCUCAUUUUUUGGUAUAUUAAAAAAAAAAUGGCAUAAGAGGACACUAACUUUGUGAACGGCAACUGUUUCAAAAUUG